CUUCUUCUUCUUCUUUUAAGAUUUCAAUAUCUUCAACGAGUUCAAGGUACUUGACAUCUCUCAAGUUAUUCAUUCAUUUGUCUAUUUUCAACAAUUAAAAACAACAGUUCACCAUGUGUGGUAUUUUAGGUGUAGUGGUUGCUGACCAACGCAAGAAUGUUGCCAGUGAAUUAUUCGAAGGUGCCAUGUUCUUACAACACAGAGGCCAAGACGCCGCUGGGAUAGUCACCAGUGGUCCAAAGGGUAGAUUCUACCAAUGUAAAGGUAACGGUAUGGCCCGUGACGUCUUUACCCAACUGAGAAUGAACAACCUUAUUGGUAACAUGGGUAUCUGUCAUUUACGUUACCCAACCGCUGGUUCCUCUGCCGGUAGUGAGGCCCAACCUUUCUACGUUAAUUCUCCUUAUGGUAUCACUUUGAGUCACAACGGUAACUUGGUUAACUCCAACGAAUUAAGAGAAUAUUUGGAUGAAGUUGUUCACCGUCAUAUCAACACUGACUCUGAUUCGGAAUUGUUAAUUAACAUUUUCGCUGCUGAAUUAGACAAGUUUAACAAAUCCCGUGUUAACAAUGGUGACUUGUUCUCCGCAUUGACCGGAACCAUGGACAUGAUCAGAGGGGCCUACGCUUGUGUUGCCAUGUUGGCUGGAUAUGGUAUUAUUGGGUUCCGUGACCCAAACGGUAUUAGACCUUUAUUAUAUGGGGAAAGAACUAACAAAAAUGGAACCACCGAUUACAUGUUGGCUUCUGAAUCAGUGGUCUUAAAGGCUCAUGGAUUUGACAAGUUCCGUGAUAUUAAGCCGGGUGAAGCGGUUAUCAUCACCAAGGACGGUGCUAAGCCAGAAUUCCGUCAAGUUAUGGCUCCAAAAAUUUUCGCACCUGAUAUUUUCGAAUAUGUUUAUUUCGCCAGACCAGAUUCUGUCUUGGAUGGUGUUUCCGUAUAUAGGUCCAGAAUUGACAUGGGGGUCAAGUUGGCUGAGAAAAUUCAAAGAUCAUUAUCUGCCGAUGAAAAAAUCGAUGUGGUUAUUCCAGUUCCUGACACUGCCCGUACUUCUGCCUUCCAAUGUUCCGUAUCAUUAAAUGUUCCAUACAGAGAAGGGUUCGUUAAGAACAGAUAUGUUGGAAGAACCUUCAUUAUGCCUGAUCAACAAGAACGUAGAUCAUCCGUGAGAAGAAAAUUGAACGCCAUGGACUCCGAGUUCCAAGGCAGAAACGUCUUGUUAGUUGAUGAUUCUAUUGUUAGAGGUACCACCUCCAAGGAAAUCGUAGCCAUGGCUAGAGAAGCUGGUGCCAAGAAGGUUUUCUUUGCUUCUUGUGCCCCACCAAUUAGAUUCAACCACAUUUACGGUAUAGAUUUGGCUGACACUAAGGCAUUGGUUGGUUUCAACCGUGAUGAAGAUGAAAUCGCCAGUGUUAUUGGUGCCGAUAAGGUUAUUUAUCAAGACUUGGAAGAUUUAAUUGACUGUUGUAAGCGUGAUGAAAUACAAGAAUUUGAAGUCGGGGUAUUUAAUGGGAAGUAUGUUACUGGUAUUGAAGAUAACUAUAUUCAAGAAUUGGAAAAAGUUAGAGCUCAAAAUCAAAGAAUGAAGGAGUAUAGAGCCAGAGGUAUGAGUUUGGAUACUAAUGUUGAUCAAGAAUUUGUUGAUGUUAAGCCUGAUGUUGAUAUUAGUAUUCACAACAGUGGGGAUUAUAAUGAAUAGGUAAGUAUGAUAUAGACUAUGUAAUUAACAAUAUGUACACUUUGCAUUACUUGUAUAUUAUAUUUUGUUGUAUAGAGAGAAAAGUGGCUUUUAGCGAGGCAGGGAGUGAGUGAGUGAGUGAUAUCUUGUUGCCGGACCAACCCAAAUUUGCCCUUAUCUUCAUGGGGUGAACCUGGUAGAAUAUACCUCUCCUCCCCCGCCUUACUCCCUAAUUUCAUUAUUAAGAGAUAACAGGGUGUAGAUGUUCUAGAAGUUCAAAAAUUUCAGUUGCUUAACCUAAGGCGUGAAUCGUAUCAGAAAGGAAUCAUCGAUUGUUGUGUAUCUUAAUAAUAAACUUUAGAUCCCACAACAAUAGAAAAACACCACAACAACGCGUGCGUGUAAAGAUAACACAACGUGUGUUGAUAUAAGCCAGAGACUUCCACAAAGAUAUACGAGGGUGGGUACCCCAUUAGAAGUUUAUUUGGUGUGUUACACACAUGUAUUAGGUUGCCCCACUUCACGUCUUAAAGUUAAGAUUAAGAUUUAGAGUAUCUAACGUUUGUCUAAUAUGGACGCGAUCUUCAAACAUGUUGAAUGCCACAUUUAAAUUGCAACCUGAGACACGCCAACUGAAAACGGCCCAAGUUUUACUGUUUUUGACAGCAACAAUAAGAUUG